AUGAGUUUCUGCGAGGAGAAGCCUGGGAAGAGCAUGAAGAAGGCGCUCAUCCACCUCAACAUCGGCUUCGUCGUUGGCAUCCUCUCCGUGCUCCUCAUCUAUCUCGUCGCCUCGCAGCGGUCAGCGGCCUCAACGCCGAUCGCAGAUAAACAACUGAAUCAAGGUUCAGCAGAGAAGGGUAAGGUUGUGUACAACACCAAGGGCUACUACUCCGAAACCUGCGAAGUCGAUGGCGACGUCCGCAUCAACAGCACAGCCCUGACGGUGAGCCUUGUCCCGACCAGCUGGUCGGAGCACCGCGAGUGGAGGAUCCGGCCGUACUCCAGGAAGACCAUGCCGGACGUCAAGAUGGUCACCGUGACGCAGCUGCAGGACAAGGCUGCCGCCCCGGCGUGCACGGUGACCUACAGCGUACCGGCCGUCUUGUUCGCGCUCGGCGGGCUCACGGGCAACUUCUGGCACGACUUCACCGACGUGCUGGUGCCGCUGUUCAUCGCGUCGCGGCGGUACGCCGGCGAGGUCCAGUUCCUCAUAACCAACAUGCGGCCGUGGUACCCGGUGGCGUACAAGACCAUCCUGCAGGGCCUGUCCAAGUACGACGUCGUCGACCUAGACGACGACGCGCACGUGCGGUGCUUCCCGCACGUCACCGUCGGGAUCCAUCAGCACAGGGACCUGGGCAUCAUCCCCGAAUGGUCGCCAGGUGGGCGCCUCGCCACGCCCGACUUCACCCGGUUCGUGCGCGAGGUCUACGCGCUCCCGCGCGACGCGCCGGCGAGCCUGGUCCGGGAGCCGGGCAGGAGGCCGCGGCUGCUGCUGAUCCACCGCGGGCACAGCCGCCGGUUCAUGAACCGGCAGGAGAUUCUGCGGGCGGCGGAGGCGGCGGGGUUCGAGGCGGUGGCGAUGGAUCUCCGGCGCGACGUGACCGUGGACGAGCAGGCGCGGGUGGUGAACUCGUUCGACGUGCUGCUGGGCGUGCACGGCGCGGGCCUGACGAACUUGCUGUUCCUGCCGCCGGGCGCGGUGCUGAUCCAGGUGGUGCCGUACGGGAAGAUGGACGUGAUCGCGACGCUGGAGUUCGGCGAGCCGGCCAAGGAAAUGGGGCUCAGGUACCUCGACUACAGCGUGACCGCCGAGGAGAGCACGCUGCUGGAGAUGCUGGGGUCGGAGCACCCGGCGAUCAAGCACCCAGGCGCCAUCCACCGCAGCGGGUGGGACAAGAUGACCGAGUUCUACCUCGACAAGCAGAGCGUACGCAUCAACAUCGCCCGCUUCACGGCCACUCUCACGCAGGCGUUCGACUACCUACGCCAGCAGUAGACACACAUUAAAUCACCAUGGUCCAUGGCAAAUCGAACAUUUCUGUAAUUUCAGGGU